AACAAUAGUGCAGCCCAUGAAGCCAAAAAGAUUAUAAGAAACCUUACAUAGCUUUGUUUUAUAUUACAGCAGUAAAUUCCACAAAUAUACUGCUGAGCAGAUCGUUCUGGUGGCAAACUGGCUUUCUUUUGCACAACCAUUACGAAUUCUCCCUUUCAUAAUCUAAUAAAAUCGUUAAAAUAAAUUUAUCCGUAACCAUGAGUAAUAAUUAAAUCGAUCAUAGAAAAAGGUGAUCGUAAUCGUCAGAGUAAUAACUCCUUCGAUAGCGCACCUAGCGGAACUUUGUAAUACAUUACUGUCGGUCAUAACCUUUGUUUCCCUUUUUAAAAGAAAAGAAGUUUUCAAGGAAAUUACGCAAUUACCUUAAAGCAACUACCUUAAAAUCAUGGAAAAAAUGACGAAUAAGGGACUGCCGGGACAGCUUAUUUAUAUUGUAGUUUUUGUCAGUCUUACAUUAAUUAAUGCUGUAAAUUCAGAGCAAGAACCAAAGGAGGAUUUAACUACGCUUAGUAUUUUAAAAACUGAUACAACAAAGACUAGGGAAGAAAAUAUGGGAUUCCUGCAUGGAUUUGUUGCUUCGAUAUCAGUUAUUUUGGUAUCAGAAUUAGGUGAUAAAACGUUUUUUAUUGCAGCCAUUAUGGCUAUGAAACAUCCCAGACUAACAGUUUUUACUGGGGCCAUGACUGCGCUGGCUAUAAUGACUGUUUUAUCAGCUUUGUUUGGAUGGGUGGCUAAACUAAUUCCAAGAGUGUAUACCUUUUACAUAAGCACAGCAUUAUUUGCUAUUUUUGGUUUGAAGAUGUUAAAAGAAGCUUAUCACAUGUCAGGAUCAGAAGCACAGGAAGAACUGGAAGAGGUACAAAUGGAUUUACGACGAAGAGAUGAAGAAUUGGAAAGAGAAUCAUUGUCAGAUAUAGAAAGUAGAACACCAAAACAUCAAAAAGGUUUAGCUGCAUUUCUAGCUGUGUCACGUAUAUUUCUUCAAGCACUGACGUUAACUUUUCUGGCUGAAUGGGGAGACCGAUCUCAGCUGACAACAGUUUUAUUAAGCGCAACGGAAGAUGUAUUCGGGGUUAUUACUGGAGGCAUAUUAGGGCAUUUUGUAUGUACAGGAGUAGCUGUAAUAGGCGGCCGAUUAAUAGCACAAAAGAUAUCAGUUCGGACGGUAACGAUAAUUGGUGGAAUAGUAUUCUUGCUAUUUGCACUUUCUGCAUUUUUCGUCGACCCAAAUGCCAAAUGAUGAACGAAAAUUUACAACAUAGGAGGAUGCAGUACGCCUAAUUAAUUUUAUUACGUGAAAAAACCUAAUUUUUUCGUAAUUUUCUAUAAAAAUGUUAAGUUUUAUAUGUAUAUAAGUAUUUGUAUAUAUGUAUACUAUUUUUAUAGUAAAUUUUGUUAUUAAUCAUUUACUUAUUUAUCAUGUUUUUGUUUCUAAAAGUAAUGUACGUACGUAGGCAGAAAUGGGAUGUAACUUAACUGUAGAAUUUAGGAUUUGUAAUGAAAAAGUUUCCGAGCCCGUGGCCGUGAUCGAUAGUAGAAAUCAAACUUCCACUGUGGGAAACAUCUCAAGUCGAUUGCAUGACGUUGUAGUAGGUACAUACCAUAAGUAUGACUAUGAGGAUUUGUUAUCUACCAUGGAUGACAGCACACAAGCUCCGAAAACAUAAAAACUUCAGUAGGAUCUAGCUUAGAUUUUGUAAAUUUAAAUUCUGCAAUUUUAAAUUGUACUUAUUUUCAAUGUACCUAAUUAUACAAAUCACAUAUAUAAUUGACUGAAAACAAAUGCAAAUACACGUUUGGUAUAUUUGUUAUGAUAUAAAUAUUUUUGGUUAUUUAAAAUCACAAAAAUAAAAAUAUCUCUGAA